CCUUGUCGCGUGUAAUCGACGUCAUCUUUAAGCUCACAAAGUGUGGCUGACAGCUAAAAUAAGCCACACUGUUGGGACAAUCCUUUCUUUCGUCUAUUUGAUCACAUAAGAUGUCUUCACUUCUAAAGGUGGACAAUGAAAUUAAAACCAAGGUUGAUGCUUUCAGGGAACGUAUCACUUCAGAAGCAGAAGAUUUAGUUGCAAGUUUUUUCCCAAAGAAGUUGCUGGAGCUUGAUCACUUCUUAAAGGAUCCAAUCAUAAACGUCGCUGACCUGAAGGAGAUACACUCGGAGAUCAACCUGACCGUGCCAGACCCAAUUUUGCUGUCAAACCUGAAUGACGGGCUAGAAGCGCAAAAUGCCAAAAAGAGAAAGCUUGAGGAUGGAGGAGGAGAGGACAAGGUGACCGGCACCAAGGUCUUCGUCAUGCCCGGUGGGAUGAUGAAGAGCAACGGAAGCCUCGUUGAUCUCAUUGAGAAGGUCAAACCCGAGAUCAGGACAUUAAUAGAGAAAUGCAACACUGUUAAAAUGUGGGUUCAGCUGCUCAUCCCGAGGAUAGAAGAUGGCAACAACUUUGGCGUGUCAAUCCAGGAGGAGACCGUAGCUGAACUCCGAACCGUUGAAGGAGAGGCAGCGUCUUACCUCGACCAGAUAUCAAGAUACUACAUCACAAGGGCAAAGUUGGUUUCUAAAAUAGCUAAAUAUCCACAUGUGGAGGACUAUCGGCGCACGGUGACGGAGAUUGAUGAGAAGGAAUACAUCAGCCUGAAAAUCAUAGUUUCUGAGCUCAGAAAUCAAUACGUAACGUUACACGACAUGAUCCUGAAGAACAUCGAGAAGAUCAAGAGACCUCGAAGCAGUAACACCGACGCGCUGUACUGAUCUUCAUCUCAGCCUCCGCCCCCCCCCCCCCCCACCCCCCCCCCAACACCACCCACUACCCCAUCACCCCCUCCUCGCCGUGUGCUCUGAGCUACAGCAGCCUGGUCCGCUUCCUCUGGACCACAAAUAGACAUUCGCCAACAUCAGAACAAUCGGCCCCGCCCCCAGUACAGUGUUUGUUUUGUUUUAAAUGUUUAAAUGGAUUUCUUGUUUUAAAAAAAACCCCUUUAAAGGAAAUGUCGAGAUAGAUCGUACAUACGUCUAAUAAGCGGUAUGUAGUAUUUAUUUUGAAUUAAACAUUUCAUGAGAUCUCUGUGAAAUCGUUUGUUUUAUAGCUCUUAAUUCAAUAAUUCAGUCAAGUGGUUUGUUUCAGUCCCACUUCGCUGGAUGUUUUCCUUUUAUUUAAGUCGUGAGGAACGUCGCUUAGUUUUUACUCUACAUUAUACAAAGUAGUCCUUGCGUAUGAAAACCAAGCAGCUUUUAGAUCUUGCGACUUAUUAGUUUUCACCAAAGCAUCUCUUGUGUGACGGCAUUCAUUCUAUUCAAAAAAGCAUUUUGAUAACCCUGGCAUUUCUGGAUAUCCGAUAGUUAUGCGUUUUAUUUUCAUGCAAAUAUCCAGAUGUUGAUUUACACGUAUGUACAUUUGUGUUUAGGCAUACAUUAAAAUACCUAUUUGAAAAUG